CCGGGGUCACGUGGGGCGGCGGCGCGAGCGGCGCGCGGGAGCGGAGGAGCCGGCGGCCGAUGAGAGCGGCGUGGGCUGCGCUGUCGCUGCUGCUGCUGCCGGGGCUGGGCCGGCGAGCGACGCCCGCGGCCACCGCGGCCACCGGCAUGGCCAGCGCCGAGGGGGACAGGGGGGACAGGGGGGACAGCACCGGGGACACCGCGGAGAUCUCGGCUGCCUUCGUCACCUGCCCCAACCUCAGCGUGGCCACUGAGCUGGCCAGGGCUCUGGUCCAGCAGCGUUUGGCCGCCUGCGUCAACAUCAUACCCGGGGUGACCUCGGUGUACACGUGGCAGGGGAAGCUGGAGGAGGACAGCGAGGUCCUGCUGAUGAUCAAGACCCGCAGCUCCCGGGUGCCGGCGCUGAGCGACUUCGUCCGGAGCCGCCACCCGUACGAGGUGCCCGAGGUGGUGGCGCUGCCGGUGGCGCAGGGGAACCCCCCGUACCUGCGCUGGGUGCGCGACAGCGUGCCCCCCUGAGAGCCCCCCCGCCCCCCAAAUCCCCACAGCACCCCAAAAAUCCCCCCCAAAAUCCACCCCAAAAAUCC